AUGGACAGCGGCCAGUCCUCCAAUGCCGGUUCUGCCGGCAAUUCCAGCGACUUUGUCCGAAAAUUGUACAAGAUGCUGGAGGAUCCGUCAUAUUCGGAAAUUGUUCGCUGGGGUGAUGAGGGUGACAGUUUUGUCGUGUUAGAGGUAACGAGGACACUGGCGAUCCCGUUGUCGACCCGAUCGGACUUGCAGACUGACCUCGACGUCGCCGUGAAAUGGCUUUACAAUUUCGCCAGCUUUGUACGCCAGCUCAACAAAUACGACUUCCACAAAGUGCGCCAGAACAAUGAGGAGAACGGACAAUCGCCGUACGGGCCGAAUGCCUGGGAAUUCAAGCAUCCGGAGUUCAAGGCGAACAACAAAGACUCGCUCGACAACAUUCGUCGAAAGGCCCCUGCGCCUCGAAAACCCGUUCAGAUGAACGAGGACAGCGUCCCAACACAACAGAUCGACCUCAUGAACCAGCAGAUCGCGGCACAGCAACAACAGAUCCAGCAUCUUUCCGAUCGCUACGCGCAGCUUAGCGUCGAUCACCAGCUGAUGCUCCAGGAGCUGAUGCGUGUCCAGAAGACCAUCCUGAACCACGAAAGCGUCAUCCACCAAGUGAUGAAUUUCUUACUAUCGGUCGAUGCCCGUCAGAGGCGCGAUAGUAGAGCCGCCGCUCCGUAUCAGGCCCCGGGCGCCGAUGGUUCGACGCUCAAUGACGGGCAGGUGGCGCCUAUGGACGACGUUCCCGCAUCGCCUUUGCAGCACGCCUCGAAACUGCUGAACGACAUGAACGCCGAGCUCCAAUUCAGCCUGACGAGCCUCGACUCCUUGAACGACCCUCAAAAGAAUCCGGCUGUCGUUUCGACCCCUCCGUUAGAUUCCAACAACGUUGCCCGCAACGGGACUGGCACUGGGACUGUUCGGCCCACGACAUCGACCGGCUCGAACUCAACCAUGGCAUAUGCCAAGAUGAAUGGCGAGCUAGACUCGGUCGUGUACCCGGUCGGGACCACGAACGGCAUUGACCCGAUGUACAGCGAGCACGUCAACAACAUCCCCUACACCAUGCCUCCCAAGGAGCCUGAUGCCUCUGAUCCGCGACGGCAGUACGCGGAUGGUCGGAAGAAGAGCACCCUCGUGAAUCCGGGCUGGGUGAAGAGACCGCAAAUCCUGCUCGUGGAGGAUGAUGCCACAUGCCGCCAGAUUGGCGGGAAAUUCCUGUAUUCCUUUGCCUGUCAUGUGGACAGCGCGUUGGACGGUCUGGAGGCUGUCAACAAGGUCCAAAGCGGAAUGAGGUAUGAUCUAAUAUUGAUGGACAUUAUUAUGCCCAACCUCGACGGCGUGUCGGCCUGCCACCUCAUCCGCCAGUUUGACCGGACUCCGAUCAUCGCCAUGACUUCGAACAUCCGAAGUGAUGACAUCCAGCUUUACUUCCAGCAUGGUAUGGAUGACGUUCUGCCGAAGCCCUUCACCAAGAAGAGUCUCCUUGAUAUGCUGGAGAAGCACUUGGUCCAUCUCAAGUCUAUCCCUCCGGCGAUCGACUCGGGGCCCGCGGUCCCGAUGGCCCCUCAGAACUCUGCAACCCAGUCGGUGAAGGAAGACAGCUCGCCUGGCCAGUCGCCUGCAACGUCCAUGAACAACUGGCAGUCUCCGAGUCAGCUCCAAGGAGUGUCACCGAUCAACCCCACCAAUGUCCCGCAAGUCCCGAACCAGUACGUCCAGCAAAUGACUCCGACGGCGACUCCAUUCGCCAUGGACAAAAAUGGCGUGCAGUUUCCGACCACCCAGGCUCCGCUCAGUACGCCUACGGUUCGGCCUCAACAUCGGCGGCAAGCCUCGGAAAUGUCCAGUACCCCCGAGGGUGCUAAUUUUGCCAAGCGACAGCGAUUAUAUACCCAGCCGAUGGUCAAUCAAGUGCCUGGAGGACCGACAGGUUAA